AUGUCAUCAACGAAGGACCUCGCGAGAAUCUUCAAUGGCCUCUCCUUAAUCGCUAACGAAUUCGCCAAACGUUCUUUACCCGCCAGAACUUCAGAUUUCGAAACCCUAAUUAAGACCGCUCUUAUUUCCGUCACUAACAUCUCCGGCAUCACUAAGGGAAAGGUCCGCCAAUUCUCCCAACCUCAACCCUCUCCUUCUAACACCACACGCGCUUCUUCUUCUGAUUCUCCUUCCAUUGUUGUUUUCUCCGAUCAUCCUUCUUCUCUGCCUGAUUCAACACCACCACCUCCAGCACCAGCAACAGCAACAGCAUCAGCAACCAUAGAAACCAUAGAAACAGUAACAACCAAUGACAUUUCUGAAGCGAAUCACGCCGUUGAACCUUCCGAAGCAACUGUUUGUACCGUGGCGGUGAAUGAAAGUGAGGUUGUGAGCUCUAGUGAAACGCUUAAGCAAAGUUCACCUAAGAGUGAGGAAGUGCCGUUGAGGAAACGAAGACCCAGGGAGAGGAGGGUUCCUUCUACUCCAUUUACUAGGGCUCUUGGGUUUGCUGGGCUAGGAGCUGGUCUUGCAUGGGGAACAGUUCAGGAAUCUGUCAAGAGGCUUGCCUAUGGUACACCUACUUCGCAAGGCAAUCAAUCUGCACUUUCCCCAUACUUGUCUGAAAAAAAUGCCGAACGAUUAGCUCUUGCACUUUGCAGAAUGCGUGGAGCCGCACUCAAAAUUGGGCAGAUGUUGAGCAUACAGGACGAGUCCCUUGUUCCUCCUCCGAUCCUUGCUGCAUUAGAAAUUGUUCGUCAGGGGGCAGAUGUUAUGCCAAAGAGCCAGCUUAAUCAAGUUUUAAACGCUGAGUUAGGUCCUGACUGGUCAUCAAAAUUGCAUAGUUUUGAUUAUGAACCUUUAGCUGCUGCAAGUAUUGGCCAGGUGCACCGAGCUGUCAUGAAAGAUGGCUUCCAAGUUGCAAUGAAAAUUCAAUACCCUGGUGUUGCAGAUAGCAUUGAGAGUGACAUUGAGAAUGUGAAGCUUCUUUUAAACUAUACAAAUCUAAUUCCCGAAGGACUUUAUCUUGACAGAGCAAUUAAGGUCGCCAAAGAAGAAUUAUCUCGGGAGUGUGAUUACAAGUUGGAGGCAGCAAAUCAGAAGCGAUUCCGAGAUCUUCUUGCUGGCACAGAAGGACUUUAUGUUCCAAUAGUUCGGGAUGAUACUUCAAGCAGAAGAGUAUUAACUACGGAACUUGUUCAUGGAAUUCCAAUUGACAAAGUGGCAUUACUGGAUCAGGAAACUCGUAAUUAUAUUGGGACCAAGUUGUUAGAACUCACAUUGAUGGAGUUAUUUGUAUUCCGAUUUAUGCAGACUGAUCCUAAUUGGGGUAAUUUCUUAUAUAAUGAAGCUACGAAGACAAUCAAUCUUAUUGAUUUUGGAGCAGCACGAGAUUUCCCAAAAAGUUUUGUUGAUGAUUAUCUAAGAAUGGUUGUAGCAUGCGCAAAUGGCGAUAGUGAUGGUGUCAUUGAGAUGUCUAAGAGGCUUGGGUUCCUCACUGGAAUGGAAUCUGACGUGAUGCUCGAUGCCCACGUACAAGCUGGUUUUAUUGUGGGGUUGCCAUUCUCAAAACCUGGUUUAUAUGACUUCCGAUCAACCAAUAUUACUCAAAGCCUUAGUCACCUUGGGGCAACAAUGCUGAAGCACAGACUCACUCCUCCGCCUGAUGAAGCCUACAGUCUGCACAGAAAACUUUCCGGUGCUUUUUUGGCAUGCAUCAAGAUUGGUGCUGUUGUCCCUUGUAGAGAACUAUUGCUUGAAAUGUAUAAGCAUCAUAAGUUUGGUGAAGUAAAUGAUGAGUUAUUAUCCAGUGGCUCAGUGUCUACGUAG